AUGCUGAAAUCACGACCACUUGCUUCAGUGGAUCUGACGGCUGAUCCAAUUGAACUUGCAAAAGAAAUGAGAAAGUCAUUUUCAUUCUCAGACAUUACGCCGAAAGCAAAACAAUGUAGCAUUGAGGGACAGACGUUUGAAUUCGGGGGACAUAAGACGGAAGGAUUCUGGGUUAACUGGAAUGGGAGUACUACGACGGCAGCGGGAAGCAAAGAUCAGAAGUUUAUACUGUAUCUGCAUGGUGGCGGGUAUAUGGUAGGUGAUAUUGAAGCAUAUGGAGGAUACGAGUGUUAUAUAUCGAAGGGUGGCAUUCGGCAAGGAUGUUUAGCGAGACAUCUGAACGCAUAG